CAUGCCUUUGCAAAAGUUGCUUGGCGAGUCCAGAGAAGCGGCGGGGCCGUGGGGCUGCCCCCUCCUCCCCGCCCGCUCGCCCUGACCGGAGCCGCUGGGGCAGGGCCUCUCUCCCUCGAGUCCCCCCCCCCCCUCCUCCCCGGCUCUGCAUGUCCCCUUCCCCGACCUGGGCACGGGCUGGAGCCGGGCGGCAACCAUGGAGCCUGACCAAGGCUGAGCCCCAGGGAGGACCGUUAGAGUGGCAAGGCGGAGAGUGCCCCACAGGCUGCUGCCCCCGAGCUGGGGGGCAGCAGCAGGAGGAGGAAAGCAGCAGCAGCAGCAGCAGCAGCGGCUCUGUCUGCCCCGGGAGCGCUCGCCCGCCGCAGGGCGAGGCGCCGCCGCCGCUGCUGCGAGAAGCAUGGCCAGCGACUAUACGGCUCGGAGCCUGGAUAGCAUCGACCUCUCUGCGCUCCGCGAUCCAGCAGGGAUAUUCGAACUGGUGCAAGUUGUUGGCAAUGGGACAUAUGGACAAGUCUAUAAGGGUCGUCACGUGAAGACUGGGCAGCUCGCGGCCAUCAAGGUGAUGAAUGUGACGGAGGAUGAGGAAGAAGAAAUCAAACUGGAAAUAAACAUGCUGAAGAAAUAUUCGCAUCAUAGGAAUAUUGCAACUUACUAUGGAGCAUUUGUAAAGAAAAGUCCUGCAGGUCAGGACGACCAGCUGUGGCUGGUGAUGGAGUAUUGUGGAGCUGGUUCUGUAACUGAUCUGGUGAAGAAGACAAAAGGAAACUGUUUCAAGGAAGACUGGAUUGCAUAUAUAUGCAGAGAAGUUCUCCGAGGAUUAGGACACUUACACAGUCAUCACGUUAUCCACCGGGAUAUCAAAGGGCAGAAUGUUCUCUUAACAGAAAAUGCUGAAGUAAAACUCGUGGAUUUUGGAGUGAGUGCUCAACUGGACAGAACAAUUGGCAGGAGAAACACAUUCAUCGGGACUCCUUACUGGAUGGCACCCGAGGUCAUCGCUUGUGAUGAAAACCCAGAAUCAACAUAUGAUUACAGAAGCGACCUGUGGUCCCUGGGAAUCACUGCUAUAGAGAUGGCGGAAGGAGCUCCCCCCUUGUGUGACAUGCAUCCCAUGAGGGCUCUCUUUCUCAUUCCACGGAAUCCUCCCCCUAAACUGAAGUCCCGGAAAUGGUCAAAAAAAUUUCUUAGCUUUGUUGACAGUUGCCUGGUUAAGAAUUACAUGCACCGCCCAGCCACGGAAACCUUACUCAAGCAUUCUUUCAUCAGAGACAUGCAGAACGAACGGCAAGUGCGCAUCUUGCUGAAAGACCACCUAGAUAGGACCAGGAAGAAAAGGGGAGAGAAAGAUGAAACAGAAUAUGAAUACAGUGGGAGUGAAGAAGAAGGUGAUGAGCUGAACGAAGAUGAAGGAGAACCAAGCUCCAUAGUUAAUCUCCCUGGCGAAUCCACCCUCCGCCGCGAAUUCCUGAGGCUUCAGCAGGAAAACAAAAGUCGUUCAGAUCCUCAGCGCCAGCAACAGAUCCAGCAGCAGCAGCUGAAAGACCAGGAAAAGUACAAAAAGCAGCUCUCGGAAGAGAGGCAGAAACGAAUUGUGGAGCAAAAGCUGCAGAGGAAAAAGCUGGAGGAUCAUCAGAAGAGAGAGGAGCUCCGGAAGCACCAGGAUCUUGAAAAGAGAGGUCCAGAGAUCACGGCAGCUCAAAGCAAAGCUGAUAAAGACAGCAGGAGAAAUACUGAGGAGGAGCAAUGCAAAGUGGAUGGAAUGAGGAAAUCGGAGAAUCAGCAGAAAAAGGUUGAAGAAGCACAUCAUGGAAAGAAGCUUCACCGGACUCUUCCCAAAGAUCAAACGCAGCUGCUGUCUCUCCAGCACGACCACAAGCAGAAGAGUAAAGAUCCUCCCAAGAUCCUGAACCCUCCCGCAGCCAAGGAGGCGGAGAGCCCGCGGAAGAAGAGCGACAGCAUCCAGACCGAUCUCAACUGGGCAGCCCUUCUCGGGCGCGACUCUGCCUCUCAUGGCAGGCUGGGAUCCGGCAGUAACUCCAGCCCCUGCACCCCUGCUUUGCAAAGAGCCGUGUUAGCUCAGAAUGAAAACCUGCGGACCAGUCGAGAGAUGUGCCAUAGCAGUUCGUUGUCUGAUGUGGCCGUGACACCUCUGAGCCCCAGUCAGGAUGAUGUAUUCUGGAAUGUGGGCCAGACUGAAGAGCAACCUCCAAAGGUUCCCGAAAGAACAACCUCAAAAUUCUACUUCAGAGAUCAUCUUGGCCAUCAGAGUUAUCCUUCAAGCACACAGCAGCCAUCCCUCGGGGGACACGCAGCAAAAAUAAACGGCAGCUGCAUCGGCCCCAGUGGCAACACACAGAGGGAGUCAGCGUCUCAUCCGAACAGCCGAUCAACUUCAGGAUCAUCCAGACUAGUCAGCCACCGCCAAGCCUAUAAGAAACCUGAAAGUACAUCUCAUCGGUGCCAUUUUUCGAAUCCACCCUUCGUGGACAAGGGGAAAAAUGGGGCCAACUUGCUCCGGAAAUCCUCAGAAUACUCCUCCUCCAGUGAUGAAGUGUGCAGCAGCGAUGACGACCGUGAUGAUAAUGAUGGCUAUCACAUAAGGCAACCACUCAGCAACGGAGUGAUGGAUUUCUCAAGGGCAAGAACUCCAGAUGGGAUCGAACUGAAACCCCAGAGUGUGGUGACGGAACAGAAGGAUCACAUCGCAGGAAAACUCAGCUGUAAUAUUGGCGAAGGAUUCUGGAGCAUGAGCAACCAGAACUACCUUCUCCCAGACCUCUUGCAGCAAAGCCAGAUUUCAGACUGUUCCGCGAACCAACUAAAAGUUGCCCUGGACAGCCAGGGAUCUCCGAGCAAGUCUGUUUCAAGCAAGGCACCGAGCACCAAAAACGGCUCCUCAAAAAAUAGCUCCUCAUCAACUUCAUCGUUUACCCCGUUCAUAGAUCCUAGGCUUCUACAGAUCUCGCCUCCCUCCAGUCCAACUGGGCCAAACUCUAGUUCCCCAUCCAAUGUGAAGCCAGAGCUCUCCAGCAGGCAAAGCACAAGGAAAGGGUCUGUCGUCAAUGUGAACCCCACCAACAUCCGACCUCAGAGCGACAGCCCAGAAAUCCGCAAAUACAAAAAGAAGUUCAAUUCGGAGAUCUUGUGUUCUGCAUUAUGGGGGGUAAACCUGCUCGUGGGGACAGAAAACGGCCUGUGGCUUCUAGACAGAAGUGGGCAGGGGAGAGUUUACUCGCUGAUAACCAGGAGGCGGUUUCAGCAGAUGGAUGUGCUCGAAGGACUUAACGUGCUAAUUACCAUCUCAGGCAAAAAGAAUAAGCUACGGGUGUACUACUUGUCCUGGCUACGGAACAAGAUCUUGCGGAACGACCCCGACGUGGAGAAGCGGCAAGGCUGGGUGUCGGUGGGUGAUCUGGAAGGCUGCGUGCACUACAAAGUGGUGAAAUACGAGAGGAUCAAAUUCCUUGUGAUUGCUGUGAAAAACUCAGUUGAAGUCUAUGCCUGGGCGCCCAAACCAUACCACAAAUUUAUGGCCUUUAAGUCCUUCACUUCGCUUCAUCAAAAACCACUGUUGGUAGACUUGACGGUGGAGAAUGGCCAGAGGCUGAAAGUCAUCUACGGCUCACCGGUUGGAUUUCAUGCGAUUGAUGUGGACUCUGGCUCUGUGUAUGACCUGUACCUGCCAACACAUAUCCAGGGGAAUAUUCACCCACACGCUGUUAUCAUACUUCCUAACACCAGUGGAACGGAACUUCUACUCACCUAUGAAGAUGAAGGAGUCUAUAUUAACAUUUAUGGACACUUCUCCAAGGAAAAUGUUUUACAGUGGGGAGAAAUGCCAGCCUCAGUAGCUUAUCUUCAGUCCAACCAAGUCAUGGGAUGGGGAGAAAAAGCGAUUGAGCUGCGCUCGGUGGAGACAGGAAACUUGGAGGGAGUGUUUAUGCACAAGAAAGCACAGAAGCUGAAGUUCCUUUGCGAAAGGAACGACAAGGUAUUUUUUGCAUCUUUACAGUCUGGAGGUAGCAGUCAAAUUUACUUCAUGACACUUGGUCAGAACAUACUAUUCAAUUGGUAAAUUACAUCAGAAUGAAAUAUCGUUUGGUUUCCCCCCACUGGAUGCAAGCUGGGUGAAAUGCAAGACAGUUACAGAAGGUUGCACAUUUUCCCCCAUGGGGGGUGGGGGGAAAUACUGUCGUCAUUAUACCAUCAUUCUGUGGCGAAUGAGCUCCGUCUUCCUUCCAACUCUUGCAAAUACAUUCUUUGCUUUUUAAAAUCUGCCAUUUAAUAAUCUAGAGAGCUGUUUCUAAAAGUUGAGACCAAAUACACAAUCAAGUGAAGUGUGACUGUAUGACAGCCAUAGUGGCGUUCAGCUCUCUGAACUCCGACAUAUGCACAAGUUUUGCACAAAUGUUGUUAUGUUACAGACUGGUUGUGUUUUGGAUGCUGAUACGUACAGGCCAGCAUCUUCAGUACAUUCAUGUACCAUUACAAGCUGGAAUCCACUUGAUACUAAAUUAGUUUUGCUUGCUGGAUGUGCUUCUUAGAACUGAUGUGUAGCCAUGUUUAUAUUUUAGCAAAGAGGUUUAGAGCAGUGGUUCCCAACCUGGUGGAAGGGGGGCUCCAGAUGUUGUGGAACUACAACUCCCAUCAUCCCCAGCAGGAGGCCCCCUGGUUGGGAACAUCUGGAGCCCCUCUCCCAUUUGGGAACCACUGGUUGAGAGCACUACAGUGCUCUUGUGCAGCUUCCAUUCCCUUCAAAUGAGGUCUGUGCAGGAGAACUUCCCAGUGAAUUGAGGCUGGUUGUAGAACCUUGUCUGCCUAAAGACAGUAUUCUGCCAUUGUUGCUAUCACUGUAGAAUCUAUUUCUAAGACUGUUUUAAGUAGCAAUUUAUCACUCCCUGACAGUGAGUGUUUUGCAGUUAGAUCCUGCCCAUCUCACUUGCUCAAGUGGUCCUCACCAGUGUUCCCUCGAACAGGGAUUCCCAGAUGUGGUUGACUACAGCUCCCAUAAUCCCCAAGCAAAAGCCAUUGCAGCUGGGGAUUCUGGGAGUUGUAGUCGACAACAUCUGGGAAUCCCUGUUGGAGGGAACCCUGGUCCUAAGUAUCCAAAUGGGGCGACAUGUGCAAGGGCAGGAUCAAGUGCUUUUGUGUUUUUUGCAACUCUUAUAUCUGCUGAUUCAGUGGAGAAUUUCUAUUUGUGUAUAGUUUUGUAAAUACCAUAUUUAACAGAUGUGUUCUUAGUAUAGCCAUGGAGACAAUCUAAAGAGGCAAACUGGCAUAAUUCAGUGUCCACUUCUUGUUGGAAUGAGGACCGCAUCCAUUCAUUUCCGGGGAGAAGUUGUCAGUGGAUCGUACCCAGUAACCUUUCCAACAGUAACUCCUUUCAGGCGUUUUGUAUGACUUGUGCCUGAGCAGUCUGCAUACCCUCUAGUGACACACUGGUGGCCUUUGUCCCACCACAAAACUUUAUUCUCAGGGGCUUAUUCUUACUAGGGUUGCGCUUUCAGGUUUACAUGUACAAUCACGACUCAGCAGAAGUUUGUAGAAGGCUUUGGAGACACGCCCAGCACUAUGCGAAGUAUUACAUAGCAUGCUAUAUAAUAACUGAAGACUUGAUACAAAAGAUGUUUAUCCAAGAGAGAUGCAUAGCAAUCUAUAUCUGGGGGGCAGGGUGGGGGGUGGUAAAGUGCAGUAUUAAAAAUAUAUAUAGUAUUGACUUGUUUAUGAACGGUAGCGCUUCGUAUCGUCACGAUCCAGAGAAGUGCCUAAGGAGUCUCAGCUGCCUCUGCUUCCCGACAGCGGUUCGGGCAGCUCCUCUUUCUGUGCACCUGACCAAUGGCCAGCCUGCAGGCAGUAUGGCUCUCGGGCGGGGUGGGAGAGGAGCAGUCCGAGCUGCCUCCUUGGGUGCCCCCCUGGCUCCUUAGGACAAGUUGCUACUAGUUCUGAAAUCCGCCAGACCAGUCGUUGAAGCGCCAAGGUUUGCUGAAACUGCAGAAAUCUUUGGAGAACUUGGCAAGUGCCUUGUUCUGUGACUUGUUCUGGAAAGGGCAUAAAUUCCUAGUCAAGGCCUGGAGGAUGUGGAUUCCUGCUAUUUGUGGAAUGGAGUCCUGUGAUCACGCAGCGCUACCUGACCAGUGGCUAGCCUGUGGGCAGCGGGGCUCUUGGGUGGGGCAGAAGAGAGAGGAGCAACCACAGCUGCUGGAAAGCCUCCUCUGGUAUCCCCCUUGCUCAUUAGGUUGAGCCACUACUGACCAUUAGCAUGCAGAAGGUCAUGGGCGAGCAGAGACAGGGAGGGUGGAGACGGUUGUGCCAUAUUGCUUAAAGCUACAGUGUCUUGUUAGAUCAGGGUGUCAAAAGAACCCCAGCCCUUUGGUCGGGCCACUUUUCUCCCACUUUCAGGGAGCCACUCGGGGAUUGAGGAUCCUUUCUGACAGGGAAUAGCCCUGAGCAAUUGUAGGGGAAAGGAAGGGGGAAAGAUCAACUUUGACAGAUAGAUGAUCAAAAGCAGAAGUCCUCAAACUAUCCAGUUACAGGAAUGUGUAUUUAACUGAACUCUCUUGCCAUGGCAAUUGUUUGGUUGAAACUUCCGUGUUGAUAGAGAGCAUGGAAAUCAAUGUGGUGCUGUAUGGAUUCUGAAAUCUGUUUGCAUGCUGUCAAUUUCAGUAACGGCACAAGCAAUAUUUGCAAGGGGCCCAGGCAUUCUGCAACAGAGAAUAUUGAACUCUUCUUUGCUUUCUCGUUUUUUAAAACAAAAAAUUGGUUACUAAAUAAUUAAUGUUUAUUUAAGAGGCUUGGGUCAAUGUUCUACCCUUCUACGUGUCAUAUAACGUUGUGCCACAAAGACAUGUUGCAAACAUUUCCCGUUCUUCAAUCAUCCUAAUUGUGAGUAUGAAAUGGUAACCAGUAUAUAUUGUAUGAAAUGCAGACACUCGGGGCUGUUUGAUGGCCAAUUUUGCUGAAUUGGGGCCCAGUUUGCUGAAGCUUUUAGUCAAGCCAAGCCUUUUCCAUUGUGCUGCCCUUGGUAUACUAUUUAUAUGGCAAUAUAUUAAUCCUGGUCCACAUUCUACAGGUGGACCCAGGUGAAUAAUAAUUAUUCUGGAUUGAUUAAUGCAGAGCAAAAGAGACACACCCUUGUAUGUGUAUCUUCACAGAAUGCAUGCAGCUACCACAUCAGAAUCUAUUGUUUUUAGUAGUAUUUGCCAAGGGAGAAACAUGAGCUUGAUAAUAAGAAAUCUGUAUAUUUCUCCUAAGCAUAAGUGCUGAACUUCUCAAAGCACUGAAAAGUCUCAUUGCCGUUAAUUGUACUCACUAGAAAAUGCAGGACUGAGAGGGGCAAUGACAAUUAAGAUCCGUAGCUGAAGAGAAAAGACUGAGAAUGCUCAGAGAAAUGAUCGAGAAGGCAGCGAAUGUCACUGACGGGGAUCAGACAGAAGAGCGAAAGGACAGUGAGUUCAAGAAAGGAAAUGAGAUGAGCCUAGAAAGUAUCUAAACACUCAUGGGUAUUGAGGAUGUUGACAGAGUUAAGAAGCCAGAGUGAUCGAAAGUAUGAUGUGAACUAUUCACAUAAUAGCAUAAGGACUAUUCAGUGACUGAAAAGAUAUAAAAGUAAUCAUUGAUAUCAGUUAUACAAAUGAAUAUUUAGUCUUGAAGCGAAGCACUUUCAGUUUAAUCUGCCCCAGUAUUUUGCUUUCCCCCCCUCAAAGAAGUGGUGGAAUCUUGCACUGAGCAAUUGACUUAUUCUGAAUGAAUUUUAUUCUCUCCUUGUAGCAUUAUCAGUAAGACUCCUGCAGCAGGGAUGCCAGAAUUUCUGGCAAUUCCUGAAACUGCUUUCUGUUACGUGAAUUCCCCCAUAUUUGCAAUAUGUAUGGUUAUUAAAAGAAGGUAAUGACAUCAAUAAAUAAUAAUGCACUUAUAGUUACUGUACAAGAUGUGGUGCUUUAGCCCACACUUGUGAAAUUAAAGAGUGGGAACAACUAUUGCUAUGCACUGUAUAUUACUGGAAUUUUGUUUUUAACAAAUGUCCAAAUUGUAUAUUUGAACUGCAAAUAUAAAGCAAUAUUCUGAAACUA